AUGUUCGAUCCGCUUCGACUAGCCUCGCUAAUUCAAUACCCUAAUGAGGGUCUUGGAUUGCUAUCACUCCCACUGGGCGAACUUGUAUCGAGUAUACCAGGGGCAUAUCAACUCGCUGCUCUUUUAGGACUCUACAUGUGGGAUUCCAUUGAUGGCAGCCAUUCUAAGAAGUACGGGCAACGAUAUUGCCCUUUUCCUCUCCCUGAACCCAAUAAUGCACACAACUAUGCUUCAGACGUCUCUAUUAUCGUACCAACUAUCGACUGGGAUGAUGAACUCCCCGGAAAUCUUCUAACAUGGCUGGCAUGUAGGCCCCAGGAAGUGAUCUUUGUCACCGUCGAAAAAGAAGUUGAUCGACUCGAAAGUACCUUAAAGAAGGAUACUCGAGUUGGAUUAGUCGUAAAACAAUUGGGAACAGUCAUAAAGGUUGCUUCAGUCCAAGAACCUAACAAGCGUAGUCAGCUGUGUUGCGGUAUCAACCACGCCAAAGGUAAGAUCCUCUGCCUUGUCGACGACGACGCGCGUUGGACCACUACAAACGUGCUGGCACAACUACUCGCUCCUUUUGAAAACGAAGACGUCGGUCUAGUCGGCGGACCUAUCGGCUCAUACGUUCCGACCGACCGACAACACCCAGAUGUUAUCACUCCAUGGGAGGUUGCGGCUCUUCGAAUUCGUUCCAAACGUGAGCCCGGCAUGAAAGCCUUUUUCAUGGCCGACCGGUCGACAAACUUCACGGUUUCGGGACUUACUAUGCUCCUUCGAGCAGAGAUUGUCAAGGACCCAUACUUCCAGUUUCUUUUCACCCACGACAUGUUCAACGGUGUAAGACAGAAUACGGGUGAUGAUGGAUUCAUCACACGCUACAUACUCUUCCAACACCAACUGAAGCAUCGAGAAUACUCUACCCUCCCACGCAAACAAUGGAGACUAGGUAUGCAAUUGCAUCAGGAUGCCGAGGUCCAGACUUCGAUUCUGACAGAUCAUCAAUUUGCCUCACAAUCUAAGAGAUGGUACCGCUCGGGUCUUCGUUUGAGGCUCACUUGCCUACUUUACGAGCCAGGAUUCAGGGGCAUGAGGGCCAUAGCUCCCCACAUGGCUCGUAAGAUGUCGGGAGGUAUGAUGACGCCCUUUUUCGCCGCCCUUCGACUAUAUCUAUGGAUCAGCUUAUGGAUGGCAGCUCCUCAAUCUGCCUUCCCUUUGCUUCUAUGGGUCCUUUACAAUUGGUACGGCAGUCUACAAGGCUUUAUGAAGCAAUACCCUUACUGCAGUUCCAAAAUUUGGGCCGCUAUGAUUGCCGACAAUCUGUACCUUAUCUCGGAUAUUUACUCAUGGCUGACACUCUCCCAGGAAUCCUGGUCAAAUAGGGAAAGUGGCCAAGCCCCGAACCCUUCGCAGAACCCUCAAAAUCUCCGGAACCCCCAGAGUCAGAAUACCCAGACUCAUCCGUACGCCCAGCACCAGAUGUCCCAGUCAAGCCAAUCAACCCUAUGCAGCCAAGGACAAACCGACUCUGGUGACAGAACCGGUUGGAAUUCGGCCGAAACGUUGGUGCCAUUGAUGCCGGCGCAGUCAACCCAACCAGAGCAGCGCAAGGAACGUGGAUGCAAGCAUGUUAAACCAACCCCUCCGCCUAAGGAGAAGAAGGUUCAUAAGAAUCACCCCCAUCUCGGUGCUAUUGGCGAUGCCAUCAAGGACUUCACAAAGGAAUAUGAGGACGCUUACUGGAAGCGCAAGCAUAUGAAGUUCUAA